AUGAGUAACGAUAAAGGCCAAUCUAUAGGAGUGAAGUUCAGGAAAAACGAUAAACACUUAACCGUACCUAAAUACCAGCUCAGGGAUAAGGAGUACAGCGCCCCAUUAAUAUUAAGUAGUCUUGAAACGGCCUACCUAUUUCAACCAAAGCACUUUGCAUAA